GCGAGUUGUUUUGCCUGGUAAUUUUGGUGGCAACAGGCGGAGGACUUUUCGCGCAAGAAAGAAAUCCGGGCGUAUAUGUACAAGUUGCGCGAGCAACGGCUGAAAGAUUUCUACGCCAGCAACGACAGCAGUCCACCAUACUUCCUGAUGGAUAAUGCGAGUGCAACAUUCGGACUGAAGAAGAGUACCGUCUCGGGCAGCCAUGGAGAUUCUCUCGUCGACCAGAGCUUCGAGAGUUUCAAAACGAAGGAAAUCCGUGACUCGGAAAGCCCAACCAGGUGAGCAAUAUUCGGCAACAUGGCAAUACCGUCGGAUAACAGCGGAUGGCAGAUUAGAACAUCCGAAGAAGUAAGCGAAGAUGGCAAGACGCAUACGGUGCGCACGUCCGCCACAACCGAAGGAGUAAAGGAGAUUGACGGUGGUCGCACUGCGUUCGCUGGCAAGAACCUGGAAUCACACAGCGAGCAUUACGAUGGUGAUGAUUCCAACUUCGUACACAGCAAGGGUGACCGGUCCACCACCGUUCUGGUGGAGGAUAGCAUUACUGAGGAUGAGCAUGGGCGCAACGUAACCGGAUCAACCCAUUCGACAACAACUUCCGUGAGCUCAACGCGCGUCGUCUAUCAGCAGCAGAACGGUGACGGCGAGCGACCGAAACAACAGUUCACUGAUGCUACUGACCAAGCCACCGCAUCCAUGCUGGAGUUUGGCGAUGAUCACUUCAGUUCCUCGCAGCAGCGUACCGUGACGAGUUCAUCCACAUCUAGCGUGCUACGCAACAGCGCCACUACCAAGAACAGUGAGCUGAACCAACAAGAGGCACAAGCUGGACCGAAGGAGCUGUCCAAGGAUCCGGAGCGAGUGCGUGAAGCGUUCCGCCUGGCACAGGGCACCGGCAAGAUUAUCGAGCGCGAGGAAACGAUGGUGAACGCGUCGACGAAAAUGAUUACUGAAACGAAGCGGUUGGACGAUGGGACGACGGUGACGACAAGAGCGUACGAAAAAAUCGCUCACGAGCCGUCGUCUACGGGCGAGCACCUGGAGCAGCGAAAUCACUCGUCCACUACGCUGCAAACGGAAACCGUGGGACGAUCGGGCGGCCCGACCGAUACCGCGAACGCUGCGAGCGAAUUCAUUCGGCAGGAGAAGGCAAACCAGUCAUCAACGUCAACGGCAAAGACCAGCUCGCAGCGAAUUAUGGUGGAGGUCGAUGCAGCUCACGAUUCCUUCGCACGCUCGUUGCGUUCCGUUUCACCGACCGGAAGCAUACGCUCGGUGCGUUCGAACGUAACCCUGCUCGGCCGUUCGAGCACCAGCCCGGAGAAAGCCCAACCGGACACCAAACCCGACUAUAUGCGCUCCACGUUCACAUCGGAGCGCAAGGUGUCCGGAUUUCAGGAGCAGCAUACCGGGCCCACACAACGUUCGCCCAGCCCCCGCAAGGUUUCGGAAACCUCGCUGCCCGCUGGUGCGCGCAGCACUUCCCCGGCCAAGCAUUCGUCUGCGAGCAUCACCGUGCGGGAGUACGAAACAACCACCGACUGUCAGACACGCGUUACGGAAUCAGAUCGGUCGAGCUGCACGGAAGUGGAUGGUGUUAAAGCGCGUGGCAGCACGAAACCACCGCUGGUGCGCAGUGAAACAUACGAGGAAAGAUGCCGCAAGAUACUCGGUAUGCCGAACCGACCGGUGGAUGAUGAUACUAAGGGUGAAUCGAAGAGCAUCUUCAGCACGUACGAUAACACGGUUACGGUGCAGCAGUCACGUUCCGAGCUGCGCGAACAGCGCAAAAAAAUCGAACAGGAAAUCAAAUCGAUGGAGAGUACAACCACGAAUUCGCAUGCACGUCAAACGGCGGAUGAGCAGGAUAGCGUCAAUGAGAAGGAAGUCAGCGUCAGCAGCAGUCGCAAGUCAUCGACGGCGGCUAAGGAUACCUCACCAACACGCAAGCACUCCGCUCAUCACACUUCUCCGACACGUAAACUUUCUUCCACGCCGAAAGAAAGCUCACCCACGCGGAAGGGUUUGGCAGAAGACACUUCCGCGUCCAAGGGUGCACCAGUGAAAGACUAUCCGCGGAGUGGUAAAACACCUUCGCCAACGCGAAAGCAAUCGACGCCGGUGGAUGAUGCGUUCGUACGAAAAUCUCCGACCAAGGAUGCUUCUCCUGCGCGCAAAUCACAGGCGAAGGAUGCUUCUCCUACACGAAAACCUCAAACGCAGGAUGCAUCACCCACAAGACACCGGCCGAAUUCUGGGGACGUUUUGCCCACGCGCAAACCGUCGUCGCAAACGGAAGCGUCUCCGCAGCGCACGUCACCGUCAAAAGAUACUUCACCAUCGCGAAAACCGGAACGAGUUGAAUCGCCGGUAAAACUAACCUCAGAAACAACGACCAAAAGCAAAGCCACUAUACUGGUGGAGCAGAAGAAGGAGGGUCGUAAUAUAUCAGUGGCAGAAAUUACCAUCCUGCCCGUGAUGGAGGUGUCGGAGAGUGUGCGCACUAGGACAACAACGGCGCGUACCCACGAAAAGAUACUAACCAAGCAAUCGUCGGACUCCAAGUUCGAACGGCGCCCGGCCGGAACCUCCAACAGCCGUGUGAUUACCAACAAAAGCUCGUCUGACUUUGAUGUAAAACGUCGCGCAGCGGAGAUGGCUACACAGAGCAAGACCCGUUUAUCGGCGACCAGCCCUGACAAGCGGCGCCCGACAGCGGGCACGGACAAAACAAUGCCAGUGAAGCAGAACCACAUCACCGUGGCAAAAAUCAAGAUCGAAUCAAUGCGCAAACCGUCCGAGACAAAGGCAAAGCCCGGGCACGGUACAACCGAGGAGGUCAGCACUGUUAAAAGCAGUGUCAAACGUAUCAGCGAGCAGAUGAAGCGACCAGUAGAGCCGGAAACAGAUCCCGAAUCGAGCAAGGAUACCGGCAUCUCCGAUAACAGUGAGGUGGAGGAAACGGUCGAGAGUGUGAUUGAGAUGAGCGUUACAGGUACAUCGUGCUGCCGGCAUACGGAUCGCAAAGACUCGGCCCCGGUAUACCGAACGACGGGCGUUGCCCGGACGGCCAAAAACUACACACGCUCGUCGAGCGACAACCAUCUCCGGGCGACGAACGCGUCUACCAGUCGUCAGACGUCGUCCAACACCCACAUGGCGACUGCCAAAUCCACCUCCUCCAAUGGGCGAAAGGUCGAACGACCGGUGAAACAUGUUGCUACGAAAACGAUUAACCUUUCCACGAAGGCGGUCAGCGGUGUUGGGGCGCUCAACACCACCUGCUCGAGUACGCUCGGUUCUGACCAUCUGGACAACGUGGUAAUAGACAUACAGCUAGCAAAAUCAUCCCGCGAACCGACACCGAACAAGUUGAUACCGAUACCGGUGUCGCCAGACACGGAAGAUACUGGCAAACCGCGCUAUCCGGACGCAGUACAGGAGCCGGACGAUGAAUCAUCCGGUGGUCGUCAAAACCGUACCCAGCGGGUCAGCAACAUUCCCAUCUUCGAGGAGGCAACUAACGAGUACGUGGGCUGCGAAAUCACCGAAGUGGAUGAGACCACUUCGCAACAGGCUACACGCAUUACCAACCUGGACCGGGUGACCGAGGACGAUGAGUCGCUGCUGAGCGUAACAGAAAAGGUGAACAAGUUUGCUCAGGAAGCGCGCCGGCUGCAUGAAUCAUCUACCAGCGAAACUGCUGAUACCCGUCCACAGUCCGCUAGAUUCUCGACGCGUCCCGAGUACGAUGAUAUCGAUGAGCAUCUGAAGUCGGAUGAAUGUCUGCUGAGCGUGUCGGAUAAGGUGACCAAGUUUAUCUCGACCGCGGAGGAAGUGAAGAAGAUACGCACAUCCGGACCGUUUGUGCCGGUGAACGAAGAUGUACCGGUGAAGGUAGCGGAAGGAGACGAAUGUUUGCUGAGCGUUAAUGAGAAGGUGAACCGAUUCGCUAGCCGAAUGCAACGUACGGUGGAAAGCCGAGAUCAGGACUCGACCAGCAGUACGGUAGGUCGUACCGGAGGGCAUUCGCAACCAUCCUUCAGCAAAGAUCGCGUUGAGCAGCAGGUGUCUAAUGAGGAGGAGGAUGAUGAGGAGGAGGAGGUGAAUGAGCAUGGUGAGAUAAAACAACGCACCGACAGCGUGUCGGAAUCGGUAAGCAGUAAGUUUGUGCCCCAGAAGUCACCGGAGCUGGUUAAAAACGCCAUGCGUUCCACUGCCCGUCACAUCGUGGAAGACGCGGCGGCAGAAGAUUUGGUGCAAUCUAGCGGAUCCAGCAUUGCCAACCGUUAUCGUACGACCACGAUGAGUAAACAGUAUGAGAAGCAGUCUUCGGCCCCAUCGGCACCGUGCACCAGUCCGAUCACGCUGCGCAGCACCGAAGCCGUGAAGAAGGCUAAGGAAAUCUUCGAAAAAGGCCAAACGGUACAGGAUGUUCGUCAGCGCGACAUCCUGAACAGACCGUCGAUUUGGGAAGAACGGCGAAACAAACAGCAGCAGACGGAGCAGAAAACGGCCGAUUUGAAGCUCGCCGAUAUUGGAGUGACGGAGCGCAAAACAACGCAAACGACGGUUCGUGAAGAAGCGAGGGUUGUGGAUGGGCUGUCACAGCGGAAGGAUUCCAUCACGAAAGUGGAGCGGGCGGCGGAACCGGAUGCAACGAAACCGGUUCCUACCCAUGGUCGGCGGGACAGUGGCGGUGCGGUGCGACCUCCGACCUACGUUCGCGAUACAGUGUCGGCGAAGAAGGAUAUGUUUGAAAAACGUAUUUCCUCGUCCAAAAUUCAGGUAGAAUACUUCACGCAAACUUCACAGGAAGGUACGGAAAUAUCAACCUCAACCUCAUCCAGAAGGCAAUCGCUGAAACAACAGGUAGAACCUGCGGGUCGACCAGUGCACAUGGUGGAUCAAUCGAAACCAUCCUACAUGAACCACACCGUUGCCUCGCUGGAGCACAUUAACGCGAACCAGCGACGAGAAUCGCUGGACCACGGAGUGCCCACAGCACACAGCGAAGUAACAACUGCACGUAGUACGACCAGCAGUACCAAGUUUGGAGUCGAGCUGAAGCGCUUGGACACAAGCAACCGAGUAGCAGCAGCGGUCAGCUCCAAGCGCAAAACAAGUGCCGGAGAUGCACAGCCGGCUAUGUCCACUGUAGCCUCACCGGUUAUUGAAGAGAUCUUCGAUUUGGAACUGCUCGAACGUAUGCUAGAGUCGGUAUCCGGUUACGAACAGCGGCGUCGCAUUCGGGCACAAAUUCGUGUGGUCAAGAAGCAGAAGGAACAACAGACCUCCGCAGUUGCCCAGCCAGGUAAACAGGCUAGUGUUGCGUCCUCGAAAACGAUCACCUCCACGCAUAGCUCUAGUGUGACCAAUGCGCGCGAAGUUAGUGUCAGUAAGCGAAAGGACAGCAGUCCGACGCGUUCUUCCACGUUGCCGGGACGUAAACAAUCAUCCACGGUACCGACGGACGCCACCGAUGAUGGCAUCAAGAGCCAGGAGGAGGGCUUUGAUACGAACAAGAUGAUCGAGCGGAACAGCAAACAGCGGCAGCAGGAACAAGAAAGCGUCCGCAAUGCUGCAACGAAUGUUUCGCCUACAACGAAAACGACGACGGUGGUUACGGACCGGUUCGCUUCAAAGACCGGCGCAGUAGAUCGUCACUCAACGACUAAAGACGACCAACCCAUCUGGGCUACAAGUAAUAUAUUAAAGAAAGCGUCCGAAAACACGCGCACCUUUAAGAGCAGCAGUAUAACGAGCUCGUCCACCUCUACUGGUAGUUCCGCUGGUAGAAAGGUAGUUAGUUCGACGUCCAGCUACCAGCAGGUGAAAUCGUCAACCGAUCCGAAAACAACGACUGACUGCAUCACCUCUAGCUAUGGCGUUGGUCCGACAGACGAGAAUGGCUUACCGUUGUUCGGGAUACGAGCCUUGAAGAAGAAGGCCGCCCCGGUACCGGCCACUACGGAAGAUGCCAAGAUCAGCGGAACGAUCGUCACCGAGACGCUAUACGCAGAAAAUGGUGGUCCGACUGUAGGCAAGCGCAGUACGACACAUUACACGAACGAACCGGGCACAUUUUCCGAGUUCGUGAAGAAUAAUGACCGAAGUUUGACCGGACAUGAGGCAACACUAGGCGAUGAGGGCUUCCCAUCCAACAAGAAGUCCACCGGAAAAAUGAUGGCAAUCCGAAAGACGGAGACAAUCGAUGCUGCUGGUACACACACCGAGGAGCUCGAGGUGAUGGAUGGCGUGGAGAUGGCAGCCCGACGAGACGCCAAGGUCGUACGCAAGGGCUCGGUGAAAGAGUUGACCGAGCGUUUCAUACACCGCGAGUCAUCGGGAUCGCUGACGCAGGAGUCGACACGGACGUACCCAAAGGCCGGUCUAAUUCUGCGCUCAUCCGCGCAAAGCCAGUCCAGCCGUGCGUCGACACCGGCCACGGACGGUUGUUCCAUGCAGUCCGGUUCGGUGGACGAGUUUGAGCAAGAGCAGAUGGAGACGGGCGUCACUACGCGUCAGGUACGCUCAUUUUUGAACGACACCUCCAAGGUUGUCGAUGUGCGCGAUGUAUUGCAGCGAAUGAGCAACGCGGACAACGUUACGGAGCAGGGUGAUACCGCUGAAGAUCAGGAGGCGAGAGCGCUGUUGAACAAAUUUCUUGGGGCAUCUGUUUUGAUGAGUGGCGUGGAGUCGAUGGUCUCCUCGACCGGCAGUAUGCUGUCCGAAACAGCUUCACUGCCCACCGCCAGAGCCAUCGCCACUAAAAAGGUCUCCAAGGUAUCUUCAACAUCCAGCGCUACUAAGACGCAAACGGUUAAAUCGUCCGGUGCAACUCCAACGGCAUCAGCGCACAAGCAAGCAACUGUCGAAAAUCUCGACGACAACUGGGACGAAGCUGUUCUGAAGCAGUUGCUAGAAUCAACUACAAAUUACGAAGAUCGUCGCAAAAUCCGGGCCCGCAUCCGUCAAGUAAUGGCUGAAAAAGAAGCGUGCGCGGAUAUUGUCGCCAUCGUAACAGCCGAUCUACAGCGCGAGCGCCAUCUACAGCAACAAUCGACGGCGGCGACGGCUAGCGCUAGUGGUACGUCCGAUCGCCAAAGUGCAACAGCGGCCCCGGUUGCCAAUGGUUUAUCGCAGGGUGAGUCACUGCUGUUACCCUUGCUGCAGGGCCUGUUGUUGAGCAAUGCGGCCGCAUUCGGGUACAAGGGUAAUACCUUCGCCGGAAAUGCCACCGAAGGGGCGGGUGUUAGUAGUGGUAGAAAUAGUGGUAAUGGUGGUAGCGCUGGUUGUGGUGGUAGUCACAUUAAUAGUAGCGUCAAUGGUAAGAGCGGCGUUGCUGCGAUGGCCGCAUCGAAGAUUCCACCUGUUGAAGAUUCGGGCACGGAGUCGGGCGAAGAUUUGCGUUUACUGGCAGCUGCCGGGUUGCAUGACAUCGGCAGAGCGCACACCUCCGCCGCCACCGCGGCGAGUACCGGCGACCGUACGACCGUCAAUGAUAAUGGCGGUGGCGUUGUAAGUGUCGAGCACGGGCUGCCUAGCAUAUUGAGCGAGGUGGCGUCUGCGCUCGAACGCUUACAGUCGAGCCUGCAGGGUGAUCCGAGCGGUCAGCCAAAGGUGAUGCAGAUCGAUGCGGAACAGCGCAGGGCACUGUUGGCCCUGAUCGCACGGCUGCAGCAGGGUUUGCAACAGCCAGAUCGGAUCGCCGAUCUGGGCUUUGGCGGCAGUACGGUGGAUGGGCACGACGGCAGGCGGCAACCGCAACAGGGGCGCGAGUUGGGGACGGGUGCCGGUGCCGGGUUCAAUGAUGCGGGUGACGGUAGUGCCGACGGGUUGGACACUAGCCAGAACCGGACCCGGGCCGGAAGUUCAAGGUUCAGUUCGAAGCGACGCACCACUCGUAACAAUCGCCACACAGUGGGCGUCAGUCGUGAGGAGCUUGCCGACGCGAGAAGAUUCAUCGAGGAGAUGGUGAUGAUGGACAACAGACACCAGUCGGACCAGUCAGUGACGUCACCGGAAAAGGCGUAUAUACUGCAAAAGCAACAAUCGCUCGGCACUGUGCUUGGUGCAGAGCCGGAAACGGUAAACACCGCUGGUGCCGUACAGUCGCAGCCGAUGCUUAACGGCGGCAGCACGGCGGCCGCACCAGCGACCGCCUUCGCCAUGAAGCGUCCGAGUCAGUUCGUGCCGAAAGAGAUGCAGAACGUACAUACAUCGCUGGAUAAGUUGGUUUUGCCUGGUCCGGGAGGGAAGCCGGCGUCUGGGCCGAGCCACCCAUCGUCGGGAGCUUCUCAGGUGCGUACCAAGCCGUUCAAAGACAAGCUGCUGAUCCGACAAUCAAUCAGCGUUGAUCAAGAUCUUCCACCCGUCGUGAUCGACAAACAGGAGUCUGUCAGUGCAAAACCGAUUGACCUGCACAAACACAAAACGGAACGAAUUCCCAAAUAUCAUCAUCAACAGCAGCAGCAGCAGCAGCAGCAGCAGCAACCAGAGCUACCUUUCAAGAAACCCACGCAAACCGUUGCCCAACGCGCACUGGUGAAAAAGUAUUCCUUCAACGAUGGUUCCAGCUCGGACGAGGACGUAUCGCGUCGUGCCCAGCGUAAAACGGACGAAACGACGAAAACUGCGGAACAGAUGGUAUUACGUAAUAAAAUCACACCGGCCGAACAACCCGGACCCGCCAGCUCGGUAGUGAUCAACACCGUGCAGAAAAUUGUAAGUCGCGAGACGAAACCGACCAGCAGUGAGAACGGCCCGAAGAGUCAGGCCGCCACUCGCCGGCCGCAGCAUCUCAACGGUAGCCGUACGCCUGAAUCACACAAGGAGGAGGCAGGUGCGAGACCGCUCAACAAAUAUGCCAGCAAGAAGCUGCGCAUGAAACGUGCCAACACAAUCGAUCUGCCGAAAAGUCUACCGCAGCAUCUAGCCAGUGACGACGGUAUUGGGGACGACGAUGACAACAAGCACGACCCGAAGCGUGAACAGCUGGAUCGGUCCCAUGGUCACACCACCCAUACGCCGGCUGCAGCGAAACAGCCGGGAUCAUCCAGCAGCAAAUACCUGUCUGCUACCGGUCCGGCCGUGCCGCCGGUCGAUGUACCCGACUUUAAACCGCGCACGGAGAACGAUCUCAAGUUUAUGGCGUUUCUGCAGCGGCAGAACCAACAAGCCCGGCAGGUGUGGAGCAAACCGGUCCGGGAGCACGUCGGAUCGAACAAUUGGACGAACAAGUUCGACCAUCUCAAGAGUAACUUCGAGCAAGCGGAGCGACGCGAUCGUUCCGAACUGCCGCCCAAAUAUGGUGCCGCACCCAAGACAUCGGCGAUGAGCUUCUGGAAGCAGGCGGAAAGCGGUUCGUUCGAUGAAGGUACCAAGGUGGGCCCGGUAAAGCAGCACGCCAAAUCGGUAACACCGAAUCAAGCAUCCGGCUUCAAAGGUGGUAGAGUGGCAUCUGCUGGCCCUAGUGCGUCCGCAUCGCCGAAAACGACACAAUCGAACGGUAAAUAUGGUCCGACAACUUCGCACACCUUCAACCACGAAACCUCCCCAGGCAGCCCAAUCGUGGAGGGGAAGCUGGUACUACCGAAAUCAUCGCCGGGAAGCAGCUUGGUAAACCAAUUUUCGCACGCACCCGCGUCUGCCUUUAAACCUAUUCCGAAGAAGAUACCACCAGCCAAUCUGGAGUUCAAGCCUAUCCAACAUGAGCGGGACAUUGUGAAGCCAAUACCGGCCCGUAUAUCUAAUGCAACUGGGCUAGUGAAGCAGAUUGUAGCGACGGGAUUUAAGGAAACGCCCGAAGUCAAACCCGAACCGAUGCAUGUGCAGCUGGGCCUCGUACGGUCGCUGGCAGCCCAAGGAUAUCAGGAGACACCGUACGUGCCCCUGCCAAAGCUGGAACGUACACCAACACACAACGUGCUGAACUACAAGCCCCGACCAGAUGGUUCCAGCAUUGCCGAGGCGGCACCGCCUGCACCGUGGGUUGGCAAACGAUCAAGUGAAGUGACCGGGCUAGCUGGGAGCCGCGUGGCUAGUAUCGCUGCCACCAAGUUUACGGCGAAUUCGUUCGGACACAACAAACCAUCCCUACCGGCUCAGCAACCGCUAACCUACCAAGGCUCGCUUAAGUACGCCGAGAAGCCGCUCACAUACCAGCAGAUAUCUGGCGGUGGGUCACUACCCUACGAGAAGCGUGCUUCGUUACCGGACGUCUCGGUCGCACAUCUCGGCACAUUCACCUUUACUGACUACACCCAGCCGGAAUCCGUGUCCACGUUCACGCUGAAUCGCAGCGACUCGCUGACCAAUCCGGAAAAUGCACCACUCGUACUGACGAGCACGAACUCCGUCUUUAGCCCGACGGCCGCACCGGUAACACCCAACCAACCAUUAAUAAGCCAUCCACAGCAAAUUAACUAUCUUACGGUGAAUGUCGAUCACCAGCAGGGACCAGCAGGAUUGUCCCCACACUCCUCGGUGAACGAUGAAGACGAAUACGAUUGUGACGAUCUGGAGUCGGUCGACUCGCAGGAAAUGCGUGUUGUGACCAGGGUGAUGCAGGCACCGCAGGGUCAGCAGGCGACGUACACGGCCGCUAUGCGACCAACACACCUGAACGGAGGUACCUACGAUAGCAGUGGCCGCGGAUCAUUGAUUGCACAAAACUUGCAAUCAUCACUGAAAAAGAUCAAGGACAAAAGCCCAACACCACCCAAGCCGCGCCAACCGAGUCUGACCGGUGCUGGUGAGCAGAUCCGGCGUCCGUUGGUAGCCCCGCAGGUUGAAGUUACUCUACCCACUCCGGAUCAAACGCAACCGCCGGUUCCAUCCCAUGCCAUCUACAACAAUGUGCUGCCCCAUCCGUUGCAACGGUUCUCGGAGCAGUCACUUUCACGGACUAAGUCCAGCCAUUCACUAGCUGUGCCGAGCACGGUACAGCAGUCGAGACCGAUCAGUGCCGAAAAGCAGCGUACCGUUGAGGCGUACUUCACGGGACAACCUGCUGCUCAGAGCACCGGCUACAUGAUGGCCCGUACCGCUUCCAACCAUAAUUUGGUGCUGCGUGACAAGUCCUCCAUGGUAGCACCACACAGCACCGUGCGGCCGGUGUCCUACGCCAUGGGUCACAAUGCGGGCUACUACGGUAGCAGUGACAAUCAGCAGGUGCAGCAACAGUCGCGUCCCAGCUACGUACCGCAUGCCUCUCUACACGCCCAGAAACGACACGGACAGAGCUACAUGGAUGACGCACUGCCCUAUCAUCCUCAGCCGCACGGCGGAGGACUGCUACGUAGUCGUACAAUGCCUCACAUACCGCUCGGCAGUCUAGCGCUGCUCGACGAGAACAACGUGGAGGACGCGUUCGAGGAGCUCAUGAACCAAUCGUUCGCACAUCCUCCACCCUUCAACUCUAAACGAACGUAUCGCACCCUUCUUCUUUUACAUACCAGUGAAAAUUACACCCCACUCAUCCAACAAACAACCACCCGUACUAUCGCCAACACGAAAAUGGAAUCACAGGAUGGUUCUGCUGUUACAACAAGGACAACGGUUACGACCAAGACCAUUGCCUCGAGUGCUCCAAAGCCAAUGUCACCUUUCGCCAAGUUCCGACAGCUCGAUAAGCAAAAUUCCCUCUCAUCGCAAUCACCUCCCAACUCCCCUAAGACACCGUCAACUCCGACGACACCGUCCGCCGCGAUGAGUCCCAUGUUUAAGUUUACCGAUCCCGCAUUGAAUCGUCGCGCCGCAACUGUUAAGGAUCAAUUGUUGCAGUGGUGCCAGAUGAAGACGAAGGAAUAUGAGAACGUUAAAAUAGAAAACUUCUCCACCAGCUGGUCAGAUGGAAUGGCAUUCUGUGCGCUGAUUCACCAUUUCUUGCCGGAUGCUUUUGAUUUUAGCAAACUAACACCACAACAGCGUCGCCAUAACUUCACACUCGCCUUCCGAGUGGCUGAUGAAAAAGCCGGGAUCGCGCCCCUACUGGAUGUGGAUGAUAUGGUUGCAAUGCGAAAGCCUGACUGGAAAUGUGUCUUCACUUACGUGCAGUCCAUUUAUCGACGCUUCAAAAAUGAAAUCUAAGCAAAACAUGUUGCAACAGGAAGAACAAGUGCGGCUAGUAAUCACUAUGGCGGCGGUACGGCAAAGGGCCAAAAGUGUGUUAUUAUUUGUUACAAAUGUUGAAUGUUCGAAAAAAAAAACUUUAGUUUUUGCCGCCGCCGCGUAGCCAAUCCUUCCGGGGAUAGUUAGAAACAUACGUGCGCGAUAUUCCUUCUGCCCAACACAUUACACAUUAAACACAGAUUGUCCUAAAGUGCAAACAACCAACUAGGAUGGAUAAAUCACUUUCGCUUGGAAGGGAAAUUGCGAGCGUUUCCCAUCAUUUCGUAGCUAAUUUUUUGUGUUGCGGCCCAACAUGGAACGAUUCCUUUGCUUCUUUUCGACGAAGUUAAACCGAAUCAGACACCUUAUCCUUAAAGAGUGAAGAUUCCAUCUGAAUCCACGGUAGAAGUUUCUUGUGUUUAGGGAGUAGCACGUCUUCUCUGGAGGGAUUUUUUUUUAACUUAUUUUUUUAUUGUUAUUUUUUUAAGCUUGCCAAAAUCUGCCAACUUUGCUUAUAUACCACCCCGACUAUCAAUGCACAAUUAGCUGUUAUUUAACAAAAAAAAGAAAAGAAACGAUAAUUAUCUUCCCAUGCUUCCAUGUUCUAUUCUGCAUACCGUUCGUACGAAUACAACAAUGCUUAACAACGAAUUGCAAUUGCAACCAAACAGACAAGGCAUGUGGUAAUACAAGGGUAUAAUUUAUUUGUUCAUAUACCUUAGUCCAGCGUAACACUCUGGCGAACAAGAUUUAACAAAUGAAACAUAAACGAGUUUAAAAACAAACAAACAAACAAAGGGAAUAUUGCGAAAGGAAGAAUGUUUUUUGGGGUAUUUAUCGUUACAAAAGAUGAUAUAUAAUUGUUUUUCGUGUUUAUCAUAUUAUGCUCUCGUAAUUAAUUCUAGUAAGCAGCAAUAAUUAUUGUUGUUCAGAAACAAUUAGUAAGAACAACGCGUUUGCUCCAUUCAUUAAUUAUAUGUACGAAGAAAUACAUGUUUUAAUCACGCUUCCA